GAAAACGGGGAUUAUUGCUUGAGGGUAAAGUGUUGUCACAGAUAAGCCUGUGUAAUCCGAACAGGUCGCUGUGGUGUAAUGGUUAUGGUGUCCGCCUAGCGGCCGGGAGGUCAGGGGUUCGAUCACCACCGGGGGAGCAUUCUUAAGAUCUCCCCUUCAGACACCAAGUACUGGUUCUAGGCCCAGAAAACGGACUCGAGAGCGUUUAUAUAAGCCUAAGUCUUUCGAUGCAAUCGAGCUAAAAUACAUAGGUUUAAAAAAAUAAAAACAUGAUCCGAACAGGCUAAUAAGUAACGACACUUUCCGGCUAGACUGGGUUUACGUUUACAAGAGAUUUCCGUUUGACGGAAAAUACAAUAAAAGCGAAACGUAGCGUCCCCUAUAAGCCUAUUAGUUCAUACUGGCGUUUAUUACCUUGAGAUGAUUGCACCUAUUUACAUGCAAAUAUUUGAAACAAUUAAGAAACAUCAUGCAUAUAACCGUUUUUUUUUUUUAAAUCACGCAUCAGCGUCGAUAAAUAAAAAUAUUGUAGCUAAAUCUUUUUUGAGCAUAAUUGUUUCGAGUCGUAUAUGAAAUCGAUCGCUUCUGUAUUUAAGAUGUUCAGCAACCACGCCCUUAACUGUUUAAUAAAUGACUAUUGCAUAAUAUAACGGACGAGGCAUUAUAGUAUUUAUGCGCGCAUGUAACAACGCGGCCAGAUUAAUUAAGUGGAAUGCAUUUGAAAAAAAAUGAAGAUGUAAGCUGCAAACUAAAGACGUUAAACUGUAUGACAAGUUAUUGUUAAAAAUGCGUGAUUCGUUUCUCCUUCAGAUAACAAAAUACCAUAUAAGGACAAGUAAAUCCUAGUUGGGCUUUGUCUGACCAAACCACUUAAAACUAAUUGAAAAUACCGGAAAGAAGUAGUCAUAUUUAAAAUACGGAACUUAACAAUAAACUAGACAAUGUUAUUUACAAUCAAGAUCUCUAACUUUACGCACAAACAUGUCAACUCACGUCAAAAUUAACGUAAAAGAUCUAAACGUAAACAGUCUCGUUUUCAGAUCCGAUUUUCAUAAAUGUCGGAAAAUAUUUCGCGCGUUAUUUGCCAGAUGUUUAUUGUUUGGUCACGCAGCAUGUUCGGUGUAUUUUGCGACUCAGCUGAAUACGAGCUACUACGGGAUAUACGCCGUCUGCGGAUUUCUGUUUUUAUUAGAAGCAAUUGUGAUUUUUUACUUUCGGUACGGCUUAGAAUGGAAAAAGUUUUGCACGUGCUUCAUCUGUUACCUUGCCACCAUGAUUCCUGUGCUCUGGCUUCUUCGGUUAAAUGACAUGCAGACCACGCUGAUCAAUUCGAGCAACAACAUCAGCAGCAGCAACAACAACACCCUCUCAUCUUUAAUGGGAAACACGAAGUUUGCUUCGCUCCUUAGCGGCCAGAACCUUACGUCUCUCCUGGAGCAGUCGAUGAUGAUUCUGAUCAUCAUCUGUCGCUGGAUGCUCCCCAGGGGCCGCAUCGACCGGAACUCCAUGUCUCAACUCCUCAUCAUGUACUCGGCUAUCGGCGCCGACAUCCUCGACUUCUCCGACACAUUUGAUAGGAUUGAGGUUGCGCGAAACAAGAACCUAGCAAUAGUGGUUCUUGCAGUUUGGUCAUGGAGCCUCCUACAAUUCACCGUCGUCAUAACAACGGCGUUCACCUUCCGGCGACGUCGUGGGCGGGAAACAGAGCCGGGCGGAGGGGGUACCCAUAGUGCGAACAGCAGAGAAGAUAUCUCAGAGACCCUGUCAAUCAUGAUGGUUUUAUUAAUGCAGGACGGACCCUUCUUGGUCACGAGGGGCUAUAUGAUCAGCAAAGGUGUCUUCAACUACAUGAUCAUGUUCUUCUCCCUGAAGAACGCGCUGACGCUCAUCCUGGGGCUCUAUCGGCUCUGUGUGCUGUACGGCUGCGUGACCCGUGAAGGCAACGAUCUGCUCCGAAAGUCCGAGAUCGCGCGCAGUUUGGACAGUCUCGAUGACAUCGACUGUCAGUCAAACCCAAAAUCCAAAACUGUAAAGGGGACCAACCAUCAGCGUUUCUGAGACGGAAUAAGGGCUGUUUUUGUGCAUCUUUCAUCGCUCUAAAUGUCAACAGUUGGGUCAGAUAAUUAGUUUAUCCGUAUUCAAUUAUCGAAGAAGUGAACUGUUCAUAACUGUACAAAUCAUCAGCGAUUUCUUCAACUGUUAUUGCCUGUUGAGUACAAAAUACAGUGAUAUUUGCUGACAUGCUUACUGCUAUUUAUUACAUGCGAUGUUCAUAAUCAUAUGGAGUGGAGUAUUUAUAUUUUAAAUUAAAUGUCUUUUAAUCUUU